UCAGCCAGAUUCUUUAACCUGUCUCUGUUGCCUUAGUUGGAGUUUAAGGUGUGUGGGUCUCCGCUAGGCCCUGGGAGCAAUCUAUCUACUAACAUGUUUUCCUGAAGGGAGCACCAACGCAACUACCUAAGCCUUAGCCACCCUACAUUUUGUUGCUAGGACGACUUAAAAUUGCCCCUUAACCAGGGAAUUUCUUGUGUUGAAUCAGUUCUCUUUUUUGUCAGUUCUUUCUCUAGCUCUAAUUGAUCCAGUUAUUAUAACUACCUUAUAGCCCCAUGACACUCUUUUCCCUAUAGGCAAGCCCAUGUUCUAUGGUUGCAUCCGUUCAAGCGCUGUGUCACUGCCAAAAAGGAACUGAAAUCAUCACAUCACACCCUGAUAUCAAGAGCUGAAUCUGUUCUAAUCUUUCUUGAAUUGAUGAAGAUCGGGUAAUCGAGGACAGCAACUUUUUUUUUUGGGAUAUUCUGCUAAGAUGAAGAUGGACUACUUAUAUGGUAAUCAUGCUCUGUGAUGGAGUUUGAACUGACAAAGUACCCUGCAUCAAUGCAUUCGCAGGAUUCUGCCAUGGACGGUGGAAAGGCAGCUGAACUAGACAGAGACUAUUUUGGGACAGUUAACUCUUGGCCUAAUGAAAAUAGAAAGGAAGAAGAUUUCAUCGGGGUGGAGAAAGGUGAAAGUUAUUCAGCACCUGCAGCUUCUGUUGGCUUUGAUCAACCAGUAGUUGGCCUGAAACUUGGAAUGCCAAAGGACUCCAAGCAUCUGAGCUCUAUAACUAAUUCCAGUUUGUCUUCCAAUAGUGGAAAGAGAUCUAGAGCGUCCCAUCAAGGCAUGCAAACUAGUCGCUGCCAAGUGGAGGGAUGCAACCUUGACCUUACAGCAGCUAAAGAUUAUCAUCGCCGCCACAGAAUCUGCGAAAGCCAUUCCAAAAGCCCCAAGGUCAUUGUGGCUGGGGUCGAGCGAAGGUUUUGCCAACAGUGCAGCAGGUUCCAUAAUUUGUCGGAAUUUGAUGAUAAAAAGAGAAGCUGUCGUAGGCGACUCUCUGAUCACAAUGCCAGGCGGCGCAGGCCACAACCAGAUGCAAUGCAUCUAAGCUCAAUGGGACUUCCAUCUUCUUUAUAUGGAAGGAGAGCACCGAGUUUUCUGUUGAGCAGGAUGCCAUCCUCAUCAUCAAAUAGAACAUGGGAGUGUUCUAGCGGCUUGAAGAUGGCAAAUGCAGGAAAUUCCCUGAUCAGGGCUUCAGGAGUAGACGUGUCUCCUGGACAUGCUCAAUCUCACUUGAAUGAAUCGCAAAAUUUGCCGUGUGCUCUCUCUCUUCUGUCAACUCCAAGUUGGGCACUGCAUGAGCCUGAAUCUGCCUCUCUGGAGCAGCUUAUGCAAGGAAGUGUCAGCAUACCACAGCCAGCAUCGCAACUGGAAUCGCAAAACUGGCAACUGAUUUCAGAAGCACGGGUUUCAGCAGAACAAGCACCUUCUGUAACCCCCUUCCAUUCAAUGGCUUUGCAAAGUACUGAUAAUUCCCACUUGCCAGGAUAUCGAUCCUUUAAGCCACCUUAUGACUCUGGCUUCCAUUUCACCAGUCGAAUUAACUGAUAAGCUUAUUGUCAAUUCAAGGAAGAGAGGCUUUUCAAGUUUUAGUUGAUUUAACAUUAUUCUGAUCCAAUUGUGAUGCCAGUGUUGUCUUGCAUCAAAUUUGAAGUUAGACCAUCAUCCUUCGAGACAGAAAGCAUUUUUCUUAUACCCAAAAAAGGGAAAAAUAACAAUCCUUGAUGCCA